AUGCAAAGACAUGCCCAGUCUGAAGUUGUGAAUGUGGAGGAGCAUCCUGAAUCAGGCACAGAAGUCAGGCCAUCCUCUCGCUCAAGUGUAAGCACAGAUGUAAGUGCAGCUACAAGCUUAAGCGCCGCUGUGAGGACAAGCACAAGCACUUCAUCUACAGAUGUUACAACAACAACACCAGUAUCAACCCUCACACCCGGACUGGGGUAUUUGAUGGAUCAAAACUUGCUAGAGCCCCAGGACAUGGAAUUUGAAGUGGCUCCAGAAUUCCUUCUUAAUGACAGCCAAGAAGAACAGGCCUCUACAGAGCAAGAAGAAUGCACUGAAGAGGAUGCGAAGAAACCCCUGGAAGAGUUAAAGGGCUCCAUUUCUGAGGACCAUGGAAUUGAUAAAGAUUCUGCACAUCACAAUGUUUCUUCAGAUGAUGAUUGCUGUAUAAUAGAAAAUGUUGAAAACAAGAAAGACCCUAAGAUCAAAGAAGCUGUGUGCCAAGAACAAGAACAUCAAAAGGCACCUGAAACUACCCCAUCACGUUCAACCACACCAUUACAGGCAGUGCGCCCAGAGGCUGUGGUGGAACCCAUAACAAGGAGAGCAUAUCAAUUCCAGCGUCCACUUUUGGGGGAAAGGUUUGCCCAACUCUGUGGACCACGAGUGCCAACACAGGUCUAUGAUUUGACUAUAAGCAGAUCCUUUGAUGAUGAACCACCUUCUUACGCAGAUAUUGAAGAGGAGGAAAGGGAACGAGAACAAUGUGAAUAUGAGUUGGCUCAGCGUAUUGAGAUGCUUCGAAACUUACCAUAUGAACGGCCGGGGCAGCAACAAACUGGGCAAGGACCUCGUGUAUACCGUCCACGAGAGCAGAUGGUGACUGUUAUUGAUGACGUGGGGCCACAUGCCAUGAAUUUUUUUAGAAAUGACAACUCUGAGCAUCCACGAAAUGGCAGACGUAGACGUCGGGAGGAUCCUGCUCCUCCACUUCUGCAUCACGCAUCAAGAUCAUGCCAAGAAUUAACAUCAUCACGUCAAGCUUCUGCACCAUCAUGCCAGGUAUCUGCAUCGUCAUGUCAAUUAUCUGCAGCUUCACGCCAAGCGUCUGCACCAUCAUGCCAGAUAUCUGCACCGUCAUGUCAAUUAUCUGCAGCUUCACGCCAAGCGUCUGCACCAUCAUGCCAGAUAUCUGCAUCGUCAUGUCAAUUAUCUGCAGCUUCACGUCAAGCUUCUGCACCAUCAUGCCAGAUAUCUCCACCGUCAUGUCAACAAGCCUCCUCUGACAACCGAAGAGACAACAUGCCACACUUUCUGCAUGAUCAUUCUGGUUAUUUUCGUGCCGAAGAGAACGCCAAUCCUAACCCAUGA